AGCGCGGCGCAGCGGAAAGGCCUGCUCUGGGCCUCUCUAGCCCUCUGGAGGACUUGCCGUCUGUUUCCGGAGGCGUCUGGCGGCAGUAGGCGGGUCUGACGUGAGGAGCCACGCUGAGUGGGCAGCUCAGUCAGCGCUGCUUUAUGCUCCGGUGUUUUGGCAAUGGGGCUGCAGGAGUUGUGCAGACUCAUGUCGAGAAAAUGUCUAAUCACACAGAUGCAGCAGCAGAAGUCCUGUUGGAAAGAAAAGGUUGUGCAGGAGUGAUAACACUAAACAGACCAAGGUUUCUGAAUACACUGACUCUUAAUAUGAUUCAGCAGAUUUACGCGCAGCUAAAGAAGUGGGAACAAGAUCCAGAAACUUUCCUGAUCGUCAUAAAGGGAGCUGGUGAAAAGGCUUUCUGUGCUGGAGGUGAUAUCAGAGCACUCUCAGAAGCUAGAAAUACAAACCAGAAAAUGCUUCAAGAUUUAUUCCGAGAGGAAUAUAUUCUGAACAACGCCAUUGAUUCUUGCCAGAAACCGUAUAUUGCACUUAUUCAUGGAAUUACAAUGGGUGGGGGAGUUGGUGUCUCAGUUCAUGGGCAAUUCCGAGUGGCUACUGAAAAGUCUGUUUUUGCAAUGCCUGAAACAGCAAUAGGGCUAUUUCCUGAUGUGGGUGGAGGUUAUUUCUUGCCACGACUUCAAGGAAAACUUGGGUACUUCCUUGCAUUAACAGGAUUCAGGCUGAAAGGAAGAGAUGUGUACACAGCAGGAAUUGCUACACACUUUGUAGAUUUUGAAAAGUUGGGCAUGUUAGAAGAAGAUUUGUUAGCCCUGAAAUCUCCUUCAAAAGAAAAUAUUGCAGAUGUCUUAGAAACUUACCACGCAAAGUCAAAGACUGAUCAAGACAAGCCUUUUAUACUUGAGGAACACAUGGACAAAAUAAACAGUUGGUUCUCAGCUAAUACUGUGGAACAGAUUGUUGACAAUUUACAGCAAGACGGUUCAUCUUUUGCCCUGGAGCAGCUGAAGGUAAUUAAUAAAAUGUCUCCAACUUCGCUAAAGAUCACACUAAGGCAACUCUUGGAGGGGUCUUCAAAGACCUUGCCAGAAGUAUUAACUAUGGAAUAUCGGCUGAGUCAAGCUUGUAUGGCCAUGACUUUCAUGAAGGCGUUAGGGCAGCCCGGAAGCCCCUGUUCUUCUUUUGUACUGCCUGGGGAAACCCCAGCCAUUUUGAGCCCUGCCAUCUACCACUUUGCCUAUACCGAGCAGCUCAACAUUGCCUUGAGAAAAAACUGCAUGACACAAUUAGCAGCAUCUGCAAAUGGUAUUAAUUCCUAUUUUUGCUUGUCAUCUUCAGUCAGAAUAUUAAGAAAAAGCAAGCAAUUGAUUUUUGUUCUAGCAAAUUUGCAAUCAUUUUUUUAUGUAUGAGCUCAUAUCCCUAUAAAUAAUAGCUGUCAUUAUGUUAUGUCAUUUAUGUUGUAUAAAAUGAGUUCUUUCCCUCUGCAUGUAUUUUUACAUAUCUACGUUUCUUGUGUUUUUAUUUAUCGCUUUAAUAUAGUACAGACUCUGGAUAUACUCUAUCUGAAUAAAAGGUUAUAUUCUCUGAGUGGUAAGCUUCAGUAAACACUGGUCACUAUGGUAGAAUUCUCUUCAUUUCUGGCAUGAUAUAGUAUAAGAAGUAAAAAGUCCUUUUAGAGAGCACACAGAGCUGAGUCAGCAGAGAUGGUUAUAUGUUUUAUAGAAAAUAUACAUUCCUCCCACUGAUUCCCUGCAGACACUUGCUGCGUGUGGAUUAGAGCUUAGACCUCUGAUGUGAGGAGGACCUGUGUGCUACUUGGUUAUGCUGCUAAAGUAUUCAGUGUGUGUUAAUAGAAGCCCUUCUUCAAAGGUAUUAUUUUUAGAUAUACCGUUAGAUAUUUUAAGGAAAAAGGACUGAAACCAAGGGACAUCAAAGUUCUAAUUCACAGGGCAGGGGCUUAUCAAGCUACUUUUUAAUGAGGACUAAGUAUGCAGCCUCAUCUUUCAGCACAACCUCUUUAUUCAGAAAGCAGUAUCUAUUCUGAGUAAAACUGUUAAAAUGUUCUUGCAUAACCAAAUGUUUGCUACAAUUUGCUAAUUAUAAAGUAUGUUAGCAAAUUAAUUAAACUACCAAAUUAGAGGAAUGGUUGUCAGAAAUGCUCUUAACAUCUAGAAUAAACUUCUUCCUUUAGAACGUACAGAAAAGAAUUUUAAAAGGAUUAACUCAGAUUUGCUGGAGAGUUACCAAGUGGAGUUUUGAGUGGGUACCUCAUGAAACCUUCUGAAAAACCUGAGUUUCCUACAUGGCAAGAAUGUUUUACCUGUGCUGGAUUAAAAAUGUUGUUAGUUUGAAAUUAAGUAACCUUGAAGAUUUGAUUAAUAUUCUCUUUCCUUUUGUCCUUCAGUAGACUGUUAAGAAGGUAUAUAGCAUUGACUUGAGUGCUUAAAAGAGAUUCUUGUAGAAUGUUCCAGGAUUGUUUUUAUUUACUCUGUCCAGGGAAUGUAAAAUUUUCAAAUUGGCUGGGAUCAUAGCAUCAGUGUUCAGUAUCACCACUGAUCAGAUACUGGAAUCCUGUAGUCAGGCGGCCAAACCUUGGAACCCUUCAGUAUCCACAUUUAAUUAUGCAUAAAUCCCCCUUCCCUCUAUCUCCUGAGGCAACUUGCUGCCUUUGGUUCCCAGAUUGCUUCUUUAAUUAUUUAGCCUUUUAGUGAUAAACUCAUUUUUUAAUGAGUUGGCCGGUUGGCCUUGUAUGUUUAAAUAUUUUCAUUCCUCACAAAAAUUAUGCACAUUCUAAGUAUGGUUGAAAUUCCCUACCACAGCCAUACCAAGUAUGGCCUCAUUUUCUUUCUUGUUUUUAAUUUUUUUGAGAUAAUUGUAGAUUUACAUGUAGUUGUGAGAAAUAUGGAGAGGUCCUCCAUACCCUCCACCCAGUCUCCCAAAUGGUAACAUUUGUGUAACUGUAGUAUGUGAUCACAACCAGGAAACUGACCUUUUCCUC